CUGAGAUGCUGCUAGAGCUAAGUCUCUGAACCCAGGAAAAGGAACACUUCAGGAGACAGCGGCUGAUAACCUCUUCUUCAUCUCCUUGGGAAUACCUUGUCCUCCACACAGAAAGCUCUGAAGUCAAAUGAAUCAUACCAAUCAUCUUCAGGAGAUUCCCAGAUACUAUGACAUUCAUGAUUCUCAACAGAUGGUGUGGGUCCUGAGUGGAAAUGUAUUACUAUCAGUUCCAUCUAGCAACAAUGUCAACCCUGUCACUCUUGCCAUUAUAUCAUGUAGACACACAGAGUUCAGUAAUAAAGAAAAAGGCAAUCUGGUCUACCUGGGAAUCAAGGACAAAAACCUCAGUCUUUUCUGCACAGAAACUGAGGGCAAGCCUUCUCUGCAGCUUAAGGAGAUGAAGAUCAUGGACCUGUACCAGGAGAAAACAUCACAAAAACCUUUUCUGUUUUUCCACAGUAUGGAGGGCUCCACCUCUGCCUUUCAAUCCGUCUCCUACCCUGGUUGGUUCAUAGCCACCUCCUCUGUGCCGAGUCAACCCAUCUUCCUCACCCAAGAGAGGGGCUUAACUAACAGUACCAACUUCUAUUUAAAUCCUAAGAAUUAAAUCCAGUCUGGGCUGUGGGUGGCCAAUUGCAAGACAGAGGAUAAAUCUUUUAUUUCAAAAAACAGUAACUCAUCUUAAGAGACCACUGGACCUUGGUGAAGUCAUCAGCAUCUCAGCCCAUCUACAGCCUAUUUCAUUCUGACUGUCCCAACACCAUCUCCUCCUCCAGAUACUCAUUUCUGCACCGUGUCCCUCACUUGAAUAUAUCAGUGGGAAGCCUAAGAGUCACUCUCAUCUUUACUGAAAUUGCCCCAUCCUCUAUUUUGUGACCAAGUGCACUUCAAUCAACCCAUGUUUCUUAUGUGCACCCUUCUUCCCUUCCCAUGUGCCAUCCCCAACCCAAGAGGUGAGAAACCCAAAUGUUCUUCUUCACACAAUUGUAUCAAUAAA